UUGACAAGUGAAGAUGAAAAAGCUCUGAGGGCAGCGCUCUAUCGAAAUCGUGCUUUAACUCGAUUGAAACAAGAUGAUUUUGAAGGAACGGAGAGUGAUAGCACAAAAGCUCUGGAAUACGAUGGAGCCGAUGUCAAAGCUUUAUAUCGACGAGCCCUCGCUCGUGAACAGCUGGACAAUGUUGCAGCUGCCUUCAAAGAUGCUAAGGAAGCCCUCAGACUCAGCCCCAAAGACAAGUCAAUCUCCGAUUUACUGCAGCGGCUUGUUAUCGCCAAUAAUGAGAAGGUGAAAAAGGCUACCAGUAUGGACAACAAGGUCAAGAAUAUGAGCAGCUUGGCCUUUGAGGGUAGCGCAAAGGAUAAGGAACAGAAAAUACAGGCAUUCAACAACUUGCUCGUUCUUGCGAGAGAAACCGAAGCAGGUGCAGCAAGAAUAUGGAAUUUGGGUAAAGGAGUUCCAAUGUUACUGUCAGUAGCUGAGGAUAACAAUGAACCAAUGGAGAUUUCUGUGGCUGCAAUUAGGAUUUUGGAUGAAACGAUUAAGAAUCAUGGACGAGCAUUAUACUUCUUGUCAAUGCAUCACAGCGAUGGCAUGCAUUCGGCGAGGCGCGUUUGUCGUCUAAUGUGUUCAAGAAAUUCUAAAGAAUACGUAGAUGCAGCUGGUCUGAUAGUGCAAAGGAUAUUCAACGCUCUUGUAAAAAUGGAUCGCACUAAAGAUAUCAAACCCGAUCCAGAGGUUGCAGAAGCCAAUAAAUUGUGGAUUAUUCGUGUCAUUCUUGAGCUUGAGGAGAUGUUGACUGACAAAUCUGUUUCUGCCAUUGUGAGAGAGAUGGUAAUUGAUUUAUUGCUGAAGAACCUUAUGCAUAUGGAUGGAGGAAUACCUCGUGGAUGGUCUUGGAAAUUCACCGAGGAUUCAGGUCUUUCGGCGCUUUUGGAUGUAUCAUCACAAAUUCCGGAACAAUGUGACUAUCCUGUUACACAUGAGACCAGACAGCAUGUGGCUAUCUGCCUCCAGCGCCUUGAUGAGGAUAUGGUUUUCGAUACCAAGAGGUUGAUUUACAAAGAAAAAGUCGAUCAUUUUUUCAAUAAUCUAAUGGCAAGGGCAAGUGAUGAUCCAGAAGGGCAUAAAAUUCGCAUAAAGCUUGCCUGUUUCCUUAUCACUAUGCUACAGGGUCCUGUUGAUAUCGGCAUAAACUUGGUAACAAAUGAUCAAGUUACAGCGCUGAUGCUUCAAAUGGCUGCGUCUUCUAAUCUUCUGAUGCAGAGCGUCGCCGCUGAGCUGAUUGUGAUGACCGUUGUCAAACACGAAAGAGCGACUUCUAUAUUGAAGGUUGGUGUUCCCAUCUUGAGGAAGUUAUACGAAUCAGAAGAUGAGAAUGUCAAAGUUCGAGCUCUUGUGGGUCUUUGCAAAUGCGCUGCCGCUGGAGGUGAUGACGCUUCUAGAGCUACUAUGAAGGAAGGUGCACCCCAGAAACUUGCACAUACUUGCAAGAAGUUCUUGUUAGAUUAUGAGAAGUAUAGCAUAGAUGUGAGAAGGUGA